ACAUAGUAGCCCCCGGAUUUAGAAAUCCAUUUGAAUUUGUCAAUCAUUGAUAACUCCGGUCAGUUCUUUCCGGCCAGCGAAAGUGUAACACAGUGAUGGAACUUUAAAACUUUCGGUGCCAAUUUUUUUUGUGAUUUUUGUGUAAAAAAUUUAAGAUCCUCCAGCACAGCAAAAUGGCAAAAGCUAGUAAACCGACCCCGGCCAAAAAACCCGCCUCCGAAAAGCCAUCAAAACCCGAAGUAAAAGAACUCAAAAUAAGCGACAUGAGCUGGAAAGAACGCUACAUCUUCCUCACUGAAAACAUCACAGUCGAACCCAUGCUAGCUUGCUACAUAAUCCCCAGUGUAUUCGCAAGCUUAGCCACCCAGAACUUAAACUUAGAAAAAGCCUGUCGCGUAAAUUUAGCUUAUUCUCCCGAAGUUUGCGACGCUUUGAGCGUCCGCAACACCGCAAACUACACCAGUGAAGAGCAAGCCGUCCAGCAGCUGGUCGCCUCCAUGGGUGUGUGGAAGACCAUGCUCCAGAGCGCGCUCCCGGCCUUCCUCAUCAUGUUCGUGGGCUCGUGGAGCGACCGCUGGGGCCAGCGCAAGCCCUGCAUGCUUUUGCCCAUCGUUGGGGAGCUGUGUACCGUGCUGGGUCUGAUGGUAUGCACGUUUUUCUUCUACGAACUGCCCAUGGAAGUCGCCGGGUUCAUCGAAGGUCUCUUUCCGGCACUCACCGGGGGCUGGUUUACAAUGUUCAUGGGUGUUUUUAGUUACAUUGCUGAUGUUACAACGCUGGAAAUGCGCACGUUGAGGAUCGGGAUUGUGAACGUUUUCUGCUCGCUGGGAGUGCCCAUUGGGCUGGCGCUGAGCGGGGUUUUGUAUAAGAAGAUUGGGUUUUAUGGGGUUUUUUCGGUUUCGGCUGUGAUGUAUGUGAUGGCGUUGUAUUAUGGGAUUACGAGGUUUAAAGAGGCGAAAAAAGUCGAUGUGCCGACGCUGGAAAGUAAACCGUGUGCCUUUCUGAGGGAUUUCUUUGAUGUGAGGCAUUUGUGGGAGACGUUCAGAGUAGCGUUUAAAGAAGGAGAGAAUAAUCGCAGGAAGAAAGUCAUGCUGCUGAUGCUGGUGGUUAUGGUGGUCAUUGGGCCCUUGCAUGGUGAGAUGAACGUGACCUAUCUAUUCACAAGAUACCGCUUCAAUUGGGACGAAGUGGACUUUAGCAUUUUCUCAACCUACAGCAUGGUGACGAACUUAAUUGGAACUUCAAUUUCCGUGGGCGUUUUCAGCCACGUUCUAAAAAUCGACGAUGCCAUCAUUGGCAUUUACUCCUCAAUGAGCAAAAUCUUAUCAAGCUUCGUUUACGGUUUUGCGAAAACAUCCUUGGUUUUCUAUUUGGGCGCAAUUGUCGAAAUACUCAAUGGAACGUCUUUUAUUGCCAUGAGGUCGAUCGCGUCCAAAUUAGUACCACCUGAUGAACUUGGAAAAGUCAAUUCCUUGUUUGGAGCUUGCGAGGCUUUAAUGCCCCUGGUCUACGGCCCAAUGUACAGUGCCACAUACGCCGCCACCAUCAAUGUAAUGCCGGGGGCAUUUUUCAUACUUGGCGGCAUACUUACAGUACCUGCAGUACUUAUUUUCGGUUGGAUGUACGUCCAGCACAAAAAGGACGCCAAACGGGCCAAUUCGGCCGAAUCCGGGCCUGUGGACUCCAUUCUGCAGGAUGUCAUCUCGUCGACGGCCCCCAAAGAGGCACAAAUCGGAAGUCCGGUCCUGAACGGUAUCAGGAAAGCUGGCCUUAAUAAUCCAGCUUUUGAGAUGGAGAAAUGAAACUACAGUGUGAUACUAAAGUAUUAAAAUACCGGGCGGUUAAUGAAUUUUUUUUUGUACAUAUUAAUUUCAUUCAAGGGUUGACGUUUUAAUUUAUUAGGCUGUGCAGAACUGUGUUGAUAUAUACGUAUAUUUUAUUUUAAAUGAACAAAAAAUUGAACCAAGUAAAUUGACAAUUUACCAGCAAUGCAAACGUAAUUAAUGUGAUUCAUUUAAAAAAUGUUUUUGUAAAUAGAUUUCUGUUGCUGUUGUAGUUUUAAUUAAAACACAAAAGUUUUAUGGGUUUUGUGGUCCAUUGAAAAUAGUGAACAUUGUCAAAGUCGGUAAAUCUAACAAAAAAUUUCUUUCCCAUCACUUAAAAAAUCUUGAACUCGACUUUAUUGGAUUUACAGAUUUACGUACAAUUUUCAAUGUUUUCUGGAAUGCAGUACCGAAUUAUUAUUAGAUUAGGUGUAAAUUGUAAUAUAUUAAAUAAUAAAAGAACAAAGUCUU